AUGGCAUAUGCCUGCCUAUCGACGCUCCCGCUCCCGACAACCGCCAACGCAGUCAAUUACUGGGUGGGGAACGAUGUGGUGGGGUACGAGGCAAUCUGCACGAGUAGACAGAAAAACAUGUCCUGGGGUCAACGCAACACCGCCACGGGCUUCUGCAACUACCAGAACCAGUCCCACCAGGAGUCCCAGCAGGACCGGAACAGAAUGCCUCUCAGCUAUCAGACCCAGUUCGCCCUGAACCAGCCGACUCCCUCGGCCAACCCCGCUCCCCCGCCCCCCCGCCAGUACGCCCACGGAACCAGCAGCGCCUUCAGCGCCUCCGCCAACCCCGACGAGGACUGGACUCAGAUCUCCGACCUCGCCGAGCGCAGGAGGAUACAGAACCGCAUUGCCCAGCGCAACUACCGCAAGAAGCUCAAGAGGCGUCUCGAAGAUCUCGAGCGUCGUGCCGGCUCCCCCGAGGACGCUGCCAAGGCCCCCGACGAGGCCGCCGAGGAGGAGGGCGGCUCCAGCACCGUCGUCGUCGGCGGCCGCCCCGGCACCGGCAAGAACCUUUCAUCCUCAUCCUCCUCCCCCUCGUCGUCGUCGUCGUCGUCGUCGUCGUCGAAUGCGACCAAGGCCAGGAACGGCACGGCCAAGAGGUCCAACGCCGGUAGGAGGGCCAUCCAGCAGCAGCAGCAGCAGCAGCAGCUCCAGCAGCUCCAGCAGCUCCAGCAGCCGCCGCCGCCUCCGAACCAGUACUCGCCUCCCCCCCAGAGCACAGACAUGCCCAGUUGGUACGACGGGGCCAUUUUCGUGCGGGACCAGUCCGGCACGCCUCCCCCCUCGAUGAUGGAGACGGCCGGAUAUACCGCCUACGGCUCGCCCAGCUUCACGCCCGCCGACCCCUCCAUCUACGUUUCGCCCUACGGCGGCGGCAUCCCGUCACCCUACCCUGCCAUGCCCGUCAGCAGCCCGCACUACAUGGCCGCUCCGGCCAUGAUGACCACCACGCCACCGUCCACGUCCGCUUCCACCUCGAGCAGCACGCUAACGCCGCCCAUGGCCCCCAUGGCCAGCUUCUCCGACCCGGACCAGGGUGGCUUUGCCGACAGCUACGCUUCGUACCACAUGAUGGGCGGCGGGCUGGAUGCCAUCCACAUACCCGCCAGCUACGGAAAUCACGCCAACGGCUACGACCCCCUCAACACUCCUCCCCUCUCCAACACCCUCGACCUGACCAACUGCCCCGACAACGCCUACGAGUAUCCCCACACGCCCCUCUCCAUGCCCGAGUCCCCGGAGUGCUACUAG